UGACACCUGUUGAUCAGUUUCACUAACAUGGCGGCAGGUGUGUGAACACGGAAGUAAGAAAGGGGGACAUCGCGUCAAACUUUCCUGUAUUAUGCAAGCUUCUAGUAGAGCUGAGGUGUUCUAACAUACUGUCUGAGGUAAUGUGAACAUGACAGACACCGAUAGCGUGAGCAGCUCGCAGCUGUCCGGACCGGGGGAGGGCGGGACAGCGGACCGGGCCGUCAUCACUUUUAGGCGGACUUCGACGCCCAAGAAGCCCGGACCAUGGGCACUUACAGAGAACGAGAGCUCCUCGCUCAACGUCAGCGUGGUUUCCAGCGGCUCAGAGUCGGGAGGGGUCCAUCUGGAGGCUACGAUUGUCGGGAAGGAGUUGUUAGAGGCGCAACAGAGAGUCACGCUGUACAAGGUAGAGGUUCAACAGGGUGACAUGAGGAAAUGGAUUGUUCUGAGGAGAUACAAGGAUUUUCUGCUGCUCAACAAAAAGUUACAGAAAAUGUUCCCUGCCCUGCACUUAAACCUGCCACCAAAAAGAUUCUUCAGAGACAACUUUGAUCCAGUAUUCAUUCAGCAGAGACAGAGAGGACUGAAUGACUUCAUCCGAAACCUCUUGGGUCAGAGGGAGAUGGCUAAAAGUCUCCCAGUUCGCAAGUUCUUCAGACUGGACAACCCUCCUGAGCCUCAUGAAGACCUCGAGGCCAGCCAGCUGUACUGCAGUUCACUUGAGGACACGGUGGUGUCCUUGAAGCAGCAGAACCGUGACCUUGAGGCAGAGGUGGAGGCCAUGAGGGUGGAACUGGCCCACGUUAAGACGGAGGGGGACCACACCCUCCAGGUGUCGUCAUGGCAACAGCAUCACCAGAGGGGGGUGGAUGAACAGAUGAGGGGUCUGCAGCUGCAGCUGUCGCAGGUGCAGGAGAGGGAGCAGCAGGUGGCAGAGGAGCUGCAGAAGCUGCGGAACGAGAUCGAGGCUGAGAGGGCUGCAGCAGCUGCAGCUCAGGAACUGGAGACGCAACGCAGAGACACCAAGCUGAAGCAACAGAUGCUGGAGUUUGAAGCCCAGUACCAGGAGGUGGAUCAGAAGGUCGGCCACCUGCUGGUAGCCUUCAGCGAGCUGCCGAAUGUUGAAGUGACGGUCGGUGGGCGGAGCUUCGAACUGAAGGCACAGGAUGCCAUCCCUGAACAGGCCAAGAACCUGAAACAGAGCUUGGGCGAUGGCAAGCAGCAGAUGCUUAAGAUGCACCGUGAUGCUAUGGAGUCGUACCAGAAGGAAGUUGAAGAUCUGAAAGCAGAUUUGAGCAGAACUGAACACCAGUUAAGGGCUAGGAAUACAGAGGUGGAACAGCUGAAGGCCAACCUGAGCCACCUGCGACUGCGGUACACGGAGGACAUCCAGGGACGUGACGCUCACAUGCAUGAGCUACAGAGACAGGUCACUGACCUCCAACACUACUGUAACAGUGCAGAGGAGAGGUACUUCUACUCCCUGGUAAUUGGUGUAAAGCUGAACAUGUCUGCACAGGGUUACAAAACAACACACAUAAACCAGCUCAAACCACAGACGCUGUAUGAGAGAAUCCGCAGUACGGGGACGAGUGUUGAACACUGGCCGGGCUGGGUCGCUCGAGAGCUGGCCUCACUUGCACAGCCCCUCACCAGGCAGUAGGAUAAAAACACUUUGUCUUGCAAUAGUUUUGGCACUGACUCAUUUACAAAUUGUAAGACAUUUUCCCAUGUGCUAUGAAGUGUUCACCAAUGAUGAUAAGCAAGACUCACAGUAACUUCUCCAUUUCCGGCAGCCAGUGUUACUAAGUGACAAGCAUUAUCUUUUGGAACAAAUGUUACUGUUGAAUUUGUGUCAAUGUCAUCAGAAUGAUUGUUUAUUUUAUCAUCAGUUCAUUGCAUGCUUUAAAUGAAACUCAAUUGAUUUUAAUAGACAGAUGCAAUGUUUUUCUCAAUGGAGUGUGUAUAUAUCUAUAUAGUUACUGUGUAUGAAAAGCAAUGCAGUCCUAUUACGGACUGUAUGGUCCAAUACUGACAUACUUGUCUUAGUACUCGUUAAAGCAAUUUUGUUGACAAGUUAACCUUUCGGAAAAGAAAUUGUCAGUGAAUAUGUCUCUGGACUGUUUGACUCAUAGCAGGCUGCCUGGCAGCAACAAAUUUAACAUGCCACUGAUCUAUUUUGAUAUCAACCACCAGUAUGUUCAACAAAUGAUCUAAGAUAUAUCCAGCCUCAUGGAAACUUGAGGUAUGCUUAGGUUGGAUUUUAUCAAAUUGAUGUUAUCAAACUGUAAAUAUUUUACAGUAUAUCUCAAAUGAUGUAUUCUCCAUACAUGUAUCAUGUACCCAAGGACCUAGAAAGCUGUGAAGUCACUAGGAGGAUAGUCAGUGUUAAGGUAAGUUCAGCACCAAGGACAGGACCAGUAUGACAUCACUAGAGGGAUAGUCAGUUAAAGGUUAAAAUACAUUGUAUGUGAAUAUUCUUUUAGGUGACAGAUCUUUAUUCAAAGAAAUGGAAGUGUAAAUUAUGCCCUUUUUAGUAAGUCUACACCUAUAGGCAAUGCUUCUUCUUGUCGCAAAUUACCUUUGAGCCUUAAGAACAAUUAGCUUGAAUAUAUAAAAGGAAUUCUUUGUACCUAAAGAGGUAUUUUGUACCCAAAAUCUUAUUUUGAUUAAAUAAUUUUCUUGGAAACGUGUCUGUAGUUGAUAUUGAUGUCAAGCAACUGCAUAAAUUCUCUGAAGACUCAGAUGUUCCAGAUAACGUCUGCUAUAUUUUAUCUAUGACCGACUACUGUUUACAAGUAUGAGCUCAUGUGUACUCAUGUAGCAAGCAAUUUUGAUUCAACGUUACUCAUAGCUGCUUUAAUCCAACAUCCAAUCUUUGAUGUAAUUCCAGGUAGCAUGUUACUUGUUAUCUUGAAUUCAUUGUUACACGUUGUUGCAAAAUUCCUUGUACCGUUAUUGUGAAGUUGAAUACCAGAUUGUCAAAAAAUUGCAAGGUCCACAGAGUAGUAAAAUUUGCCAGAAUGCAAACACAAAUAAUGAGACUUGUAAGUGUCAGAAUUUGUUGUAGUACCAUAUUGAAUUCACAUGAACAAUUUUGGGAUUGGCCUUUAAACAAGGUGUUACAUAGACAGCAUAAAUUUCUACUGGAUAGACUAAAGGGGAUUAACAGUAAGGAGGGAUAUGUACCAAGACAAACCUAUCACUUGUAAUAAAUAUAACACGUAUAUAGGUCCUGGACAUUCAACAUUGCUAUGUCAUACCAUCAAAUCACAAUGUCCUUUUAAUGUUUACAAAGUAUUAAUUUAACCAAAUACCCAGUAAUUGAUUAUUGCAAUUUUUCAGACAUGCCAUAUACAUUUUGCAUUUAAUCAGUUUACACAUGCAAUUGGAUCAUAUACAGGUAGAAAAUUUCUCUUUAAGACAUGUUCCUUUUCUACAACUAUAGCCUGUCGCAAGCUAAUAAAGACAAUGCUAGAACA